UCAAAGGAGUGGUAUAAUAAUAAUGAAAGGGAAAUGAAUGGAUAACACUAAUUUGAACUCUCAGCAGCUUGUAAAGCAUUGUUUUCCACUGGAUAAUGCAUCUUGCCUAAGAGAAACACGAUCACCAGAAGUAUAUGUGAUGUUAUAUAUUUUCUCAACAGUUUCUGUGAUGCUUGCAAUCUUUGGAAACCUGCUGGUGGUCAUUUCUGUCUCGCAUUUUAAGCAGCUUCACACACCAAGUAACCUCCUUGUACUUUCACUUGCUGUAGCAGAUUUUUUGGUUGGAAUUAGUUUGAUGCCCUUCAGGAUAAUAAAAAUCAUUGACAACUGCUGGUAUUUUGGCGACAAAUUUUGCUAUUUAAAUUUUGUGAUUGACUGCAUGCUCACCUCUGUUUCUAUGAGUAAUUUGGUAUUUAUAGCUAUUGAUCGCUAUAUUGCUGUGUGUGAUCCUUUACUUUAUUCUGCUAAAGUUACAGUUCCUGUUACACAGUUAAGUAUUACAACUAGCUGGUUCUCGUCAAUAUUCUACACGUGGGUGAUUAUGUUUUUCAAAGGAUUUUAUGUUACUUCGGGGAAUGCCAGCAUUUGUGUAGGAGAAUGUGAAGGAUUCUAUGCUGAAUCAUGGGGUUUGGUGGACUUUAUUAUAACUUUUCUUAUUCCUUGUUCUAUAAUAGUACAUCUGUACUCAAAAAUAUUUAUUGUUGCAAAGAGACAUUUAAAGAUAAUUAGUUUUGCUAAUCAGCAAAAAAAUACACAAUUCGUUCAGCAAAAGAUGACACCAAAAAAAUCUGAAAGAAAAGCUGCAAAAACGUUAGGAAUUGCAAUAUCAGUAUUUCUCUUUUGCUGGAUACCAUAUUAUAUAUGUUCAAUCGUUGAUACUUAUACCAACGUAGCUAUACCUAAUAUACUAUUUAGUAUUUUGACAUGGCUAGUUUAUUUAAACUCUGGCAUGAAUCCAAUAAUUUAUGCUUUGUUUUACCCAUGGUUUCAAAAGUCAGUAAAACUCAUUGUAACAUUAAAAAUAUUUAAUCCUGAAUCGUCACUAAUUAGUUUAUUUGCUGUAAACAGUUAGAUCUUUUUUUUUACACUUUUGAGAAUCAAAUUGGAAAGAGAAUAUAAAGAAAUUGAAGAAAUAUAUAAAUUAAUCUGUGUUAUUAGUUUGUAAGUAUAAAGAAUAUUCAGAUGUGCAGUCAAUGGACUUCAGACUACAGAGUUGUCAAUUUAGUGCCCAUCCUUAUUCUGUGUUUGACCUGGGCAAGUUCCUUAAUCUGUUUGUGCUUCAGUUAUUAUAGCCAUGAGCUUGAAACUUGGA